CCUCAGUCUUCCUCUCUCUCCUCACUCCUCAACAAUUCUCCAUCCGAAAAAAAAACUCUCUUAUUCACCUUCCCGAAAAAUCCCCAAAUUCUCAGAAUGCAGAUUUUCGUGAAAACCCUAACUGGAAAAACCAUAACCCUAGAAGUGGAAUCUUCCGAUACAAUCGACAACGUGAAAACAAAGAUCCAAGACAAAGAAGGAAUUCCACCAGAUCAACAACGCCUGAUUUUCGCCGGAAAACAAUUGGAAGAUGGAAGAACUCUCGCAGAUUACAACAUUCAGAAAGAAUCAACGCUUCACUUGGUGCUAAGGCUUCGUGGUGGUACGAUGAUUAAGGUAAAAACCCUAACUGGUAAAGAAAUUGAGAUCGAUAUUGAACCAACUGAUACAAUCGAUCGAAUUAAGGAACGUGUUGAAGAGAAAGAAGGAAUUCCGCCUGUUCAACAGAGGUUGAUUUAUGCUGGGAAACAACUUGCUGAUGAUAAGACUGCUAAAGAUUAUAAUAUUGAAGGUGGUUCUGUUCUUCAUCUUGUUCUUGCUCUUAGAGGUGGAGGUGUUGUUGCUUGAUGAGUUUUUGGGUUUUAGGAAAACGAAAAACGAAUCUGUUGCUAGUUUUUUAAGUUGUUGGGAAUUGGGGGAAGGGAUUAUGUGAAUGUGAUUGCGUAAAGAAUGAAAGGACUUGAUCGAAUUUUGGAAUUGUUAGGGUUUUUGUUAUUUGUGAAUUAUCUGGGAAUUGGAGGUGUUACUGAUUAAUCUAUGGUUUUGUGUGUUUAUAAUGA